AUGCAAGCGUUUCCCGUUGCUUUACUGCUCGGCCUUGCGCUGGUUACUGUCCAGGCAACAGUGACUUUUACCCGUGAUUCGCGCUGUCCAAGAGUGGACGAUCCCGAGAAGACGAUCCACCUAACGCACCCGACCGACUGCAACCGCUUCCUGGUGUGCUCGUCCGGCAUGGCCUACGAAAUGCGCUGCCCGGAGGGUCUGGAGUACGAUACGGAGCAACGCAGCUGCGACUACGACUAUCUGGUCCGCUGCUCGGAGGGUGGACGCAUGCAGAUCCAGCAGGCAAAUCAACCGUUCGAGAUGCCAUCGAGCCAGCUGCUGCUGAAUCGGCCGGCCUGGAACGACCCUCAGGAGGAGCGCCGUGAUGAAGUGCCCCAGUACAAAGCGCCCGUCAGUGUCGUCGAUGCUCGCUGCCCCCGCACGGACAAUCCGAUGAAACCGAUCCAUCUGCCGCGCACCGGAAACUGCGCCAAGUUCAUGAAGUGCUUCGGUGGCCGAGCGUAUGAGAUGGAUUGUCCAGUGGGGCUUGAAUUCGAUGCGAAGAAUAACCGUUGCGAUUAUCCUUCGCUCGCCGGCUGCAGCCGAAUGUAA